CCAGGCAUAUUAAUUGUCCGUUUGGAACCCUCAAACAAAAUUGUCCGUUUGGAUCUUGGAAUUGCUCCAGACUUUUAUUUUCCGGAAAAGGCUGCAAUCUCUCGUGCCUGCUCCCUACAGGCUACAGCCGCCCCCGCCGCCGCCCUCGCCGACGCCGACGCCGACGCCGACGCCUCAGCCCCGCCCGACACGGCGACGCCCCUCAACCCCUCUCCCCGCGCCGGCCCCGCAUAUCACGCGCGUCGCCGCCGGCCCAGUCCUUCCUCGCCUGGACGCCGCGCCUCCGCCGUCUCCGCCCCGUCCGCCCAUUGGGUUUGAUUUGAGAGGCUCCUAUGGCGACAUCCGACGAACAGGCUCAGAAUGACCAACAGGAUAUGAAGGACGAGCAGCAGGCUCACAAGGACGAAGAACAGGCAGAGAAGGAGUACGCUGACUUCGAGGCGAGGGUCAAGAGGACGAUAUACAUCGAUCACCUCUCCCCCCUGGUCACCUCCCAGGUCAUCAAGGCGUCUCUCGCCCAGUGCGCCAAUGUCGUCAGCACCGACUUCAUUCAGAACUACACGAUCCAGUACGAGAUCCCCGCCGCUGCGUUGGUGGAGGUGGACAACGAGUCGCAGGCCCGGGCUGCUGUGGACCUGAUGAACAACUUCCCGUUCAUGAUCGGCGGGAUGCCCAGGCCUGUGAGGGCUGUCUUUGCAAAGCCCGAGAUGUUUUCGGACCGCCCUAGGAAGCCUGGCUUGAAGAUUGAGUUUAGCUGGGUAAAGCAAGGGGAUCCAGGGUAUGAUGGGAUGAAUAAGCUCAAGGGCCUUAUGAGGAGACAAGAAGCAGAAAACAUGGCACUUAUCAAGAAUCAAUUGGAAGAGGAGAAGGAGCUGGCGGUGCAGCAGCAGGAAACCCUGGAAGCAAACAGCAACAAGUAUGGCAUGCUCGAGAACCUGAUGAACAACGGGGACAUCACUAAGCUCGCCCAGCAUUACAAGGUCAAGCUGGGGGAUGACUGAUGGGUUGCGGACGCUCAAGCCCCUCCCCCGGAAGCCGCGGUCCGCGGUGAAGCAGAUCCCCUUUUCUGCCCAGUCGUGCUUGACCUUGUAAUGACGGUGUGAUGGUGCGGCGGCGAUCAUCCACUGGGUAGUUCUCGUCUUUUGGUGAGGUUUAGUAAUAAAGCAUUGGUUUGCUUGGUGCAGCCGCGCUCUAGCUGUGGCCGGCUGCGAAGUAUCAGUUCCUCGGUGUAACAACUGCUGAUACGUUCCGAUCCUUCAUGUCAGCAAGAUGAUCCAUCGACAUCUGAUACCGUCUGUGUGUCCUGUAUUGCAUGAAAUUUGCAUAUACUGUGGUUCUGUGGCUAGCUUGAGAUGUUUUAGUUAUGUUGGUCCUGAA